GUCUCCACACUGUCCAUGAUCACCCUGGGCCCUUUGUAAAUUGCCCCUCCAACUGCAGAUCUCCUCUCCAUCUCCCUGCAGCUUAUAUGCAUCAUCUAUCCCUGAUCUCUUCCUUCUUUCCCCCCAGCGCUUGCUACCUCUCUAGCUAGCUAGAUCUCUCUCCUCUACAUGUCUACCAUCUACAUGAGCCAACUGUCUACUCUCCCUCUAAUGGAGCGAGAGCAGGAUCAGGGGCUCUUUCCGGCCUUCCAUGUCACGAAGGACCCACCUAUCUUAUUCCCGUUCAUGAUCAACAACCCUGUGGAUCAGCUCCAAGGGCAAAGUAGCUAUGGAGAUCAACGCUUGAGGCAUCAAGUUUUGGCUGAAUCUACUCAUCAACAGUUCACUGAUCGCAUGAUGAUGAUGAGCGGAGGAUCAGACGUCUUCCCUAGGCCAUCACCGUUCCGGCCGACUAUUCAAAGCAUCGAUGGUGACAUGAUCCAGCGGUCCGCGUAUGAUCCAUACGAUAUCGAGAACAAGCGUGCCGUCGAUGGAUCGAUCAGUGGCUGGGCAGCGGCGGCGGCACCGCCGGCGAAGAUGAAGAUCAUGAGGAAGGCGAUGGCGAGUGAGUAUCCCGAGGGCGGGGCAGCGAGAAAGCCAAGGAGAAGAGCCCAAGCACACCAGGAUGAGAGCCAGCAGCUGCAGCAGCAGGCUGCUAUGGGUGUCGUUAGGGUGUGCUCCGACUGCAACACCACCAAGACCCCCUUGUGGAGGAGUGGUCCUUGUGGCCCCAAGUCUCUUUGCAACGCAUGCGGCAUAAGGCAAAGGAAGGCGCGUCGGGCGAUGGCGGCCGCCGCCGGUGCCAGCAACGGAGGCGCUCCACAGGUGGCCAGUGUCGCCGCACAGGCAAAGCCGGCGGCCAAGAAGGAGAAGAGGGCGGACGUCGACCAGUCGCUGCCGUUCAAGAAACGGUGCAAGAUGGUUGCCGUGGAUCACGCUGUCACGGCGGCCAAGGAGACGCCGACAGUCGCUGCUCCGUCCAACCGGGAUCAGGAUCUGGAUCACGUCUCCAGUGACAAGGUUGUGAGUCUGCAGAGCAAGGUCGUCGCCACUCCUGAUCCGCCGGCGAUGUCGUUCCACGCCUUCCCCGCCGACGAGAUCACCGACGCCGCCAUGCUGCUCAUGACACUGUCCUGUGGGCUCGUCCGCAGCUAGCUAGCGAGCUAUAUACAGCUUCUACUAGCAGCUGAGAGCGAGAUCACUGGUAGACACUGAUGAGUUCGACACGUUUUGCAACUAAGUACCCUACCCCGGCCCUAUCAUAUUGCUUGUGUUUCCUUGUUUGAUCAAGUGUUGAGGAAGAGCAAGUAAGAUCACCAGGAGAGAGAGAGUGAUCACAUGCAUGGCCAAGGAAAAAUAAUAAUAGCGAAAAACUCUGGUUAGACUACCAGGAUUUGCUAUAAGAGUGAGUUUUUUUAAUUUGUUUUACCUUUUUUUUCCCAGCUGUGGCUAAUUAUUCAAGCCACUAUAUAUAUAUGCUAUGCAACUUUGUUCAUUUGUAUUAGUUAUGUUUUGGAUCAUCGGAGCUAAUAAUAUAUAUGGACAAAUGAUCGAGGAUAAACACUGGAGAUUAAACCUACAAAAA